GGCCGCCCCGCGUCCUGGCGCCGUUUGACCCCGGCGGGAGCCCGUACGGGCCGGCGCUGCCGGGAGCCGUCACUAACGCCGCCCCGACACGGCCCAACCAACCAGCGGGCGAGGGACAGAGACGCUACGGCUGCGGCGACAGCGCCCGCCCCGCCCACGGCCCAGCCGCCGUGCAACCGCCAGCCCCGGGGCAGCAGCGCGGCCGCUCUGCUCCCCCUGCCGCCGCGACCGGAGAAACCUAAUAACUAAAAAGAAGCCAGCUCAGUAGAAUUUCAGAUGUGGCAAUGGCAUCUACUGUAAUCAGCUCGGUUCCCACUACUGCAUCUCGUUUCGCGUUACUACGAGUUGAAAGUGAUUCUGAUUCGGAGCCUGGAAAAGGAAGAAGUGGCCGAGGUGCCAGUAAAUCUCAGGCUUCAGGAAGAAGAUCAUCUGCAAAUGAGAAAAAAAGAAAUAAAAGGAGAAAAAAGAAAGAACAGCAGCAGAGUGAGGCCAAUGAGCUCAGAAACCUUGCUUUUAAAAAGAUUCCUCAGAAGUCCUCAUAUGGAUGCUGCCUAUCUCAAAAUGAACAAAAACUGCACACUGCAAUGCAGAAGGACUCUCAGGAAGAAAAUUGGCAGGAGUGGAGACAAAGAGAUGAGCAACUGACCUCUGAAAUGUUUGAAGCUGAUCUUGAAAAAGCAUUACUGCUAAGCAAACUGGAAUAUGAAGAGCACAAAAAGGAAUGUGAAAAUGUUGAAAAUACUUCAUCUCAGUCAAAGACUGUGAAUAAGAAAAAGAACCAGCAAGGAAAAGACAAACCUCUCACUGUGUCUCUGAAAGACUUUCAGUCAGACAGUAAUAUAGAUAACCUUGCUAAAAAACAUGAGGACCUGAACUCUUCCCAGUCUUCAUUGCAUGAUGGAGGAUUUUUCAACAGGCUGGAAGGUGAUGUUCACAGAGCACUUGAAAGAGAGAAAAGGAGAGUCCUUGUCACUGAUGGCGGUGAAACAGAUAACUGCACAUCUCAUGAACACAACCAGGAGAGUGUUUUGAAAGACGGAAAAACAGAACAACUAAAGCUUGAGCUUGAAAAGAAAGAUGCAGAAAUUGAGGAACUGAAAAAGAUAAUAACUCAGUGGGAGGCAAAGUAUAAAGAAGUAAAAGCAAGAAAUGCACAGCUUUUGAAGAUGAUGCAAGAAGGUGAAAUGAGGUCCCAUCUGCAGUGUCGUGUCCAGCUCUGAGAUCCCCAACACAAGAAUGACAUUGACCUGACCAGAGGAGCGCCAUGAAAAUGAUCAGAGGGUUGGAACACCCCUCCUAUGAAGACAGGCUGAGAGAGCUGGAGUUGUUCAGCCUGGAGAAGAGCAGGCUCUGGGGAGACCUUAUUGUGGCCUUUCAGUAUCUAAAGGGGACCUACAAGAAAGCUGGAAGGGGAUUUUUGCAAGGGCAUGUAGUGAUAGGACAAGGGGUAAUGGCUUUAAACCAAAACAGAGUAGAUUUAGAUUAGAAAUAAGGAAGAAAUUCUUCACCAUGGUGAGGCACUGGAAGAGACUGCCCAGAGAAGCUGUGGAUGUCCCAUCACUGAAUGUGUUCAAGACCAGGCUGGAUGGGGCUUUGAGCAGCCUGGUCUAGUGGAAGUUGUCCUUGCCAAUGGCAGGGAGGUUGGAACUAGAUGAUCUUUAAGGUCUGUUCCAACCCAAACCACUAUUAAGAUCUCCAUAUUUGAGUAAACAGAAGUUUCCAUAGCUAUGACUGAGCUUGUAUAUAAAACUUACGAUCCCAAAAUCUUCAUCCAUUGCCAAUAUUCAGUUUUUUGAUGGACUUUGUUCGCAAUGGAUAUCUCUAAAAUCCAUGCUGUUUAUAGGGUUAACUGUGGGUAAGUAGUGCAAAGGUGAGGUUUAAUCUCCAGAUCUUUUCAGGCUAUUACUAAUGGCACUGGUAGCUAAUAGCUGAUUUUGAUUUACAACAUCUACUGUUCUUUUAGUGAAGAGAGCGAUAUUUAGAGGUUACAAAACAGUGAAGUGAUGUCAAAGUGCUAUUGCAGAUGAAGACCUGUAAAUCUAGAAGGAUCCUCAUGCUCUAUCUUUGUUUC